AUGCGAUGGCCUUGGUCACGCAACGACGAUGACCAACAGAAAAGCGGACUGCCUCAAUGGGCCCCUCCAGCGAAGUUGGACAAUUGGUCAAGCACGCUGUAUGAGCCACGGACUUUGAUUCCGGCUGUCGCUCUUACAGUCUCAACAGUUGCUGGUGUCCGGCUCUACAAGACUUAUUUGCGUCGCAUACCAACCGUCAACCAUAUCAAACCACGCUACUACCGUCGGAAGGGUAUAUUUGGCCAGGUCACAAGUGUAGGAGAUGCAGACAAUUUCAGGCUGUUCCACACGCCAGGUGGGAGAAUAGCUGGGUGGGGUAUCCUGCCCUGGAAGAAAGUACCAACGAAAAGAGAAGACUUGGUCAGGCAAACACUUCACAUCCGGAUUGCUGGAGUCGACGCACCAGAACUUGCACACUGGGGUCGAGAAGCUCAGCCGUUCGCGAAGGAGGCCCAUGAAUGGCUCAUCAAUUUGAUCCACACCCGCCGAGUACGCGCAUACAUAUACAGACGCGACCAGUACGAUCGUAUAGUAGCCCAAGUCUUUGUACGCAGAUGGUUCUUCAAGAAAGAUGUGGGGCUGGAGAUGUUGAAGGCUGGUCUGGCUACAGUAUACGAGGCCAAAACAGGUGCCGAAUUUGGUACUGCUGAAGAAAAAUAUCGCGCUGCGGAGAAGAAGGCUCGUGAGAGCCAAGUUGGGAUGUGGGCGAAGCCGAGCUUUACACAAAGGUUGGUAGGCACAAGCAGUAAGACACUGGAGAGCCCACGCGAAUACAAAAAUCGACAUAACGCAGCGGAUAAGGCAAAGAAGGCUGGAUGA